CGGGGGCAGGUAUUUAUCUUCGAGAAGGCAAAAGAAGAGAAAGUCUUUCUUUAUCUUUCUUUAUCUCUCUCUUUGUACAAGCUCUCCAGCUCCUCCCGCAGUCCAGCUCUUUAGCUCUGCUCUCAGAGUUUUCUUCUCCAGUGCCUAGUGGUAUAUCCGAGCGAGGGUGAUGGCGGAAGACGUCAGGAAGUGGCUGAGGGACAUUGGUUGCGAGCACUAUCAUCCCAUCUUUGUUCAGAAUGGCUACAAUAAUCUUGGGGCCUUGAGUGGAUUGACUGAAAGUUCCCUAAUAAAAAUGGCUGUCGUAAAUUCAAGUCACAAGCAGGCUAUACUCAAUAAGGCGAGGACCACUACUGCUGCUUCUUCUGCUGGUGGAACCGUUGACUUUGAUGAUUUUGAUAAUCUUCUCGGUGACCUUACCUCGGCCAUCGCUGACUUGGAAUCCAUUACUGCUCCUGGUAGGAGUCCUUCUAUAGCAGCCAAUAGUUUCAAUCCAGUAACCUCCUAUGACCCUUCUUCAAGAAGACACACUGUACCAGCUGGUACAAUCAGUGGCUCGUCAUCAGGGAAUAGCACUCCAUUAGGAGGCGGGACACCAUACAAUAGUUUACAAAGGGAGGAGCAAAAGCCUAUACAAGGGUUUAAUCCAGAGGCUAGUUUAAAGGACACUGAUCUUGAUGCUCUCCUCACUGAUUUGUGUGAAUUUGACCCAAUGAAGGAAGUCCAGCCCUCUCAGGCCUCUAUGCCUACUAAUCCAAUACAGUUUGCUUCCCCAGUUCAUCAGGUUGCUGCUACUCCUCCCCUGCCACAUCAGAGAGUAGUUCAGAAGACGGAGCCUUCUCCCCCUCCCCCGCCAACCGCUCCUCGUCCUGUCCCUGCUAAUAAACCAUCUCCACUAGCCCAACCUAAAUCAAAUGGAGUCGUGACACAUGAGACUAAGGACAGUCCUAGUCAUUCAAAUUCUUCCCUUCCCCCUGACCUCCCCCCACCAAAAGGAUUUGAUUCAACGGAUGAGGUCCAUGUCACUCCAAUCCAUGAGCCAAAACUAACUGGAGCUAGUGAAGAGAUAACCAAAGAUGACAUUGCUCGUCGCUUGGUUGCUAGGGAGGAGGAGCUUCGCUCGGACCCCAGUCUCAACGACGAGGAAGUUGCUGCUAAGAUGAAAGACGAAAAGAUGAAGAUAGCCAUCGAGAAGAUGAAGAUUGCAAGCAAGAGAAAGGUAGCCAUCAAAGUCUUCAAUAACGAUGGCUCCAACAAGACCGUGGUUGUUGAGGAAGGAAUGACUGCUGCUAUUGUCUGCUACCUUCUUGUAUCCAAGAACCAUUUUGAGGAGUCACCCAACUGGACUAUAAUAGAAAGACUUGGAGAUGUGGGACUGGAACGUGAACUAGAGGAUCAUGAAUGUGUUGAAGAGAUAUACACUCAUUGGGCACGUGACUCCAACAAUCAGUUCUUCUUCCGCAGAAACGAUUUGAAAUAUGAGCUGUUUGUAGAUCCAAUUAAAUAUUUCCCUGCUUUGCUAACAAGCACCAUGAUUGGCAAAGACAGCAAGAACCGAACAGAUAAAGCUAGGAAGAUACUGGUCCAGGAGUAUUUCACGUCAGCCCUUCGCGUCCCAGAGAUUGAAGGGUUCCUUCACCUAAAGGACGGCUACAAGAACAAGUGGAAGAAGAUAUACGUCAUAUUGAGGGCAUCAGGUCUCUACCAGACACUCAAAGGGAAAGCUAAAACGGCCAAGAAUUUACAGUUGUUGAUUCAGUUUGAAGAUUGUGAUCUUUAUCGUGGCUUGAACUUCAAGAAAAUGCUAAAGGCUCCCUCUGAUUUCUGCUUUGGUCUCAGACCUAAACCAGAUCAGAUGGUUCCAGGUGCAAAGGACAUUAAGGUCCUUUGUGCUGAUUCUGAGGAGGAGUUCAUCUCUUGGUACGCUGGGUGCCGUCUUGCCAAAUUUGGUCAUGUACUGUAUGACAAUUACUACAAGGCUCACAUCAAGCAGUUCAAGUUGGAGGACCCAGAGACGACUGGUGGUCGUACUGCUGAAGAAAGGGCCUACUCUCUAACUGGGAUGAGGCUUGAGAAGCACCUGGACAAGAGGCGCGAGGAGUAUCAGAGAGAGAAAGAAGCUAAAGUCGCUCAAGAGAUGAUGUUUAAGCAUGUCGGAGGGGAAGACAACACUCCUGAAGCUUCUCCCCAAGUCCCACCCAAGACGGCCCCUAAACCUAAAACGGCUCCUAAACCAGCUCCAAAGCCUUCACAUAGAGGAGGAGAGCACCCUGAUGAUGUCCCGCCACCUAUACCACCCCACCCUAUAGAUGAGCAGGAGGGCGUUGUCUUGGAUUCACUGUCACAGUAUCCUUGGUAUCAUGGCUCCAUACCUCGUGAUGAAGCCAUUAGGCGAUUAGAACAAGCUGGGUCUAGAGAUGGGUUGUUUCUGGUCCGUGAUAGCUCUUCUGUUGCUAACUCCUUUGUCCUGACAAUGUUUGCAAAGUCUGUACCCAAGAACUUUCAGAUCAUGCCAUAUGAACUAGAAAACUCUGAGAUAAUAUAUAGGAUUGAUGAUGGUCCGCAGUUUAAGUCAGUCCCUGAAGUACUGGAGCAUUAUCGCAAUUUUGCUGAUCGUCUUCCAUGCAAACUAACAGAGUACUGUUCUCGUCCACCCACGCGAAUGACCGAGUGCUAAUUAACUAUUAAUUAAUAAAAACUAAUAAUUAAUUAAUUAUUGUUGUUUAUCUAUUGAAUUACAAUCACACACUUUAUUGCAUGCAUUCAUGUGUUGUUGCUGUUUAAAUUUUCAAAAUUUUGACAAAAAGGCAAUGACUUUGUUUUUCUCUUACUAGUGUGCCCUAAAUAUUAAUAUUAUUGUCUUGUUAUUAUUCAAUGUAAUAAUUAUCAUUAUUAUUGACUAGUCAAGCAUUUUCGUAUUGAAAUUCAUUUUAGAAUUAUUAGAAUUUUAAGAAUA